AUGCUGAUCGUGCACGUGUCCACAUUGUUGUGUGUGGUGGGUGCCGCACCUGGUCAGCAACGGUCGCUGACCGCGUGCUGCACAUUGUUCAAUUGCAGUAUCACUCAUGCAAGGGAAGGGAAAAGGCCAUUGAUAACCGGGGAGCUGACUGUGGUGUUGGAAGGAGGAAUUGGUUGUCUCCGUAAUUUAAUCAUCACCGACAACUCGAGCUGGAUGAGAAGUCGGAAAUUCAGGUUAGGAGCUCGAGCUGUUCAAGCAGAAACAAGAAUAAGGGAAGCGAGAAGUGAAACUUUUGUCGUUAAAGAUCAUCGAGGAGAGUUGACCAAGAAGCACCACCCUCCAUCUCUGUGCGAUGAAGUGUGGCGUUUAGAGAAAAUAGCCAAAGAUGGCGCUCUACACAAGCGCAUGACUUUGAGAGGAAUUAACACUGUUCAAGAUUUCCUCCAGCUGUAUGAAGCCGAUGCAUUUUCUCUAAAAAACGUACUUGGCUCUGGGAUCACCAAGCGGACAUGGGAGACAAUUGUCGGACAUGCCAGCACCUGUGUGGUUGAUGAUAACAAGAUGUACACUCACUACCAAGCUUUGAACAGGGCCAGUAUAGUGUUCAACUCGGUAAUGAAAGUUGCUCAAGCAACAUUCCACGGCCAAACUUGCCAGUCUCUAAGCAAAUUGACCCACUCUCAGAAGAUUUUGGUGCAGAACUUGAAAAGGCAAGCUUACAAUAACAAGACUCAAUGGGUGCUGCUCGAUGCCCCACCCAGCAUCACUCCUCUGAGAGCCCUGACCAUCUUGCCUACAGGGCCGUCAAUUGGCCUGAGCCCGCCUCUGCACCAUCUAGAUUUCACAGAGCUAAUCCAAGAGAACAGACAACCAGAUUGUCUGGAGCCACAGGGUCACGUUCCCGCGAAAAUCUUUAAUCCCACCAUAGCAAACAGCUUAGCAAGGCAGGACUUCUUGUCCAGAUUUAGUGCAUUCGAAAGCAGUCAUCAUCCUGGUUACUCACGAGGACCAUUUGCGCCAAACAUCCAUCUAUAUACUGAGGACCUUUUCAAAGUGCCAUCGCCGAUCCCUGGCAAUUUGAUGUGGACACCAGAGCAUACUUUUGUCAUCGAAUCAAGCAGUAGGGCAGAUUUUGGGAUCUGUCCAUCUCGCACAGGUUCUGGAGUCCACAAAUCUAGGAUUUCAAGGCCCAAGGUGGCAUGGUGCAAGAUCCGUGCCGUGGUGAAGUGGGGAUCAGUCCGGCGUGUGGUGGCUGCAAAGAGAACAGCAAUGUUCAACUUUGCGCUUUAUUAAGCUGCAUAUAUAGAAAGUCCCAACUCCGACAGAAAUUUAGCUCCAGGAGCACGAAGCUCUCUUCCACAGAAUCCAAUCAUGGCGCGCUAAGUAUCAUUAUUUUGCAGGAAAAAAAAUGGAAAUUCAUAAUACUUGAUGCGCAGUGAUUGGUUUGGAUGGAUGAGAAUGUCAUGUUCAGGCAGUACCAAAUUUCUCCAAAGCAUCUAAAGAUAAGCUGCCCUAGAUGCGUCGAUUUCAUGUUAUAAGUAAGCAUCUAAGGAUAAGUGCCAAUAGAACGUGUUUUCUUUGUAUAGAACAAGCAAGCUGAUCUUAUGAAGUGCCUCGAGGUUUCUUCAAGAAUUGUAAGCCUUAUGUUUUCUUCUUCAAGAAUUGCUUGGCAUUUUGUGUUCCAACCCAUCAAUCUCUUAAUUUGUGAGCUUA